UCACUUAACAAUUAAGAUGAAAAAUUUUCCCCACAACUACAACUAUUUAGGUCGUGCUUAAUAGGUAAAUCACCACCUGGUGGAUGGCCUAAGUGGAGGAAUCGUGUAUUUGUACGGUUUUACACUGUAUCAAUUCCCGUCGUUUGUGUUUCGGUUCUGUUCUCAAACUCUGCAAAGGUUAGGAGUUUGUUAUGGAGGAAGGAGAUAACAUUCUUGAUGUCAUAUAUGAUGAGGAUCAUUUAGAUGACGAUGUUGACAUGAUUGAUGUUGAAGAAGGAGAGUUAGUGGAGCCCAAUUCGCAAAAUGUUUUGGGACAAAGCAAUGCUGGAGAUGUCACUGAAGCAAAUCAAGAAUCUAACGUUGAGAACUCAAAGCUUGGAGCUAGCAAGAACACGAAGAAGAAGAACAAGAGAAAGAGAAAGGGUUCAGGAUCUAAAGUCAUCAACAUAGACAGGUUCGUGUUAGAUACCUGUCGUCGUCUGAAAGAGAAAAAGUCAUAUAUGGUAUACACUGCUGCGGGUUGUCUUGGAAUAUCUGCAUUAAGUGAUAUCAUCAAAGAAGUUGAUGCAAUACAGGCUUGUGGAGGCCAAAAGACUUCUGAUGGUAGACGAUUCCGGACUGGGGGUGGCAUACUGUGGAGCAUCAUAAAAGUUAGGGAACCAAAGGUCUACAAAGAGAUAAUGAAUAGAGCAAAGGAGUUUGAGAAGCAAUUCAGGCAGCCAAAUGUUAAGCAACUAAAUGUGCCUAAGAAAGAGGAUUCUUCUCAAGGACAGGCCUUUCCAUCUGCUGGCAAUGAUGAAGGAAAUGUUUCGGACCGUGCAGUUCUUGCAUCAGAAAUGAAAAUUCAACAUGAACCAGUAACUAAUAAAGAAAAAUCCAUCUCUGUUCAUGAUAGGUUAAGGAUACCUGUUUCCUAUGAUGAUGAUUUGCUUGGAGAGACUCCAGUCAAUGAUGCAACCCGACUCUAGAAAGAAAGUGUGGCCUUCGUCACUAGACAAGUUCUCCUUCUUUGAUGGAGGUCUACCGAUGCAUCUCUUUCAUUUUCGUCUGCUAAGGCUGCAUUCUUCUCUCCCGCAUUCCUUUUUGCUCUCUCCACCCUUUCCGCAUUUCUUUUCACUUUCGAGGAGUUCCAAGGUGUUCCUUGUUUCUUUUAUUUACAGUUGACUAACAUUGUCACAAGUGUCUUGUUAGAUUUUCUGCUUUAACAUGAUGGGUGAAGUUUUGUACUUGCCUCAAAUGGAUAUGGAUUUAUCGAAUGAUGACUGAACUUUCUCCCUUUAUGAAUUUUAUGAAAAAGCAGAACUGCACGGCCUUUUGGGAAUUCACUGUAA